AUGGACUUGUGUUAUGGUCUUCAAGUUCAUGUUCUGGCCGUUGAUGAUAGUUUCGUUGACCGGAAAGUCAUCGAGAGGUUGCUCACAGUUUCUUCUUGCAAAGUCACUGCAGUUGAUAGUGGACGGAGAGCUCUUCAGUUCCUUGGAUUAGAUGAGGAAAAGAACGCUAAUAGCUUUGAUGGUUUAAAAGUCGAUCUAAUUAUCACGGAUUCCUGUAUGCCGGGAAUGACAGGAUAUGAAUUGCUUAAGAAAAUCAAGGAAUCAUCAACUUUCAGGGAGAUUCCAGUUGUGAUUAUGUCGUCGGAAAACAUUUUGGCGCGCAUUGAUUACUAA